AUGUCUGUUGAAUCCAACAACAAAAAUAAUAGUGAAAAGGAUGCCGAUUUUGAUCAAAAACCUCAGAUUCUUCAAUUAUUUGUUCCCAGCAAUCCACUCCAUUCCGAUGAACAUGCUUUAGAGCACAGUUAUAUUUUUUCUUAUUUUAUGCGACCUCAAGGAAAAUUUGAUCCAGAAGAUUAUGCAAUUUUUGUUCAGCCUGUGGCGCGCAUUAGUUCGGUUGAACAGUUCUGGUUAAUUUAUCGAUUCAUCAAAAGGCCUUCAGAUCUCACAGAAAAAGUUGAUUUUCACUUGUUUAAGGAAGGAAUAAAACCAGGUUUUUUAUUUAAAUUAGAAAAAAAAUUAUUUUUUAAAGUUUGGGAAGACCCAGCAAACAGAAAUGGAGGAAAAUGGAUUUUACGGCUGAAGAAGGGACUCUCAUCUAGAAUUUGGGAGAAUUUGUUGCUGGCAAUGAUAGGUGAACAAUUUUUGGUUGGCGGUGAAGUUGUUGGUGCUGUUUGCAGUGUUCGAAAUCAAGAAGAUAUAAUUUCACUUUGGAAUCGUUCCUCUGAUUCUGCUCCAGUUACUAAUAGAAUAAGAGAAACACUUCGGAGGGUUUUGAAUUUACCGUCCAAUGCAAUUUUGGAAUAUAAAAGACACGAUGAUUGUCUAAAAGAUCAACGUUCCUAUUGCCAUUCAACAUCUAUUGGAGGAGGAAGUGGUGGAGGUCAACAAUCAAACCAUCAUUAUGGAGAAGGAAGGGGAGGUGGAGGAGGAGGCAAUUUAAGAGGAGGGGGAGGUGGGCAAACAACAAAUAUGAACAAAAAAGAUAAAAAAUUGGAGGAAGAAAAUGAUUAAAAAAACACGCCAAAAAAUUUCGUAACAAUUUUUUUAUUAUAUUUGGGUUCUU